CGCAUGCGUGGCAGAUCAACAUGGCUACCCAUUUUAUUUAUCGAGGAUUUCGAGUUGCGAAACGUUUGCGAUUUCUGUUGUUUGCAGACGAAAAAAUUACUAAAGUUUCAUUUUCUAGGAAGGCAGUUUAUCUGCUUUUAGCAGGCACGGCAUGGGGAUGCAGCUAUUAUGGGUGGCUGCAUUUUUUGCAUAAAUCCGAAGUUGGUCGGUUGAUUCCGGUUAUCUACGCCCAGGUCGAGAAUGAAAAAGAGAAGAAGAAAGUGGAACCACCGAUGACAUUCAGGGAGAUGAGAUUUCAGCAGUUUUCCUCUGUCGAAUACGAUGACGUCGUCUACAUGACUCCUCAGGACUUCCUCGAAUCAAUUACAGAGGAAUCGCCAAGACCACGGAUUGGUCGUAUGAAGUUGACCAUGAGUGACCUUGAAUACAGCCUUCGUAAAACACCGUCUCGAUCUCGGGGUUCUACUCGUCUGUUCAGAAAUCUUCACAACAAUGGCAUCAUUUCUUACACUGAAUACCUGUUUUUGCUGUGUGUCCUGACAAAACCUCAAUCAGGAUUCAGUAUUGCCUUCAAUAUGUUCGACACAGACGGAAACCAGAUAGUCGAUAAGAAAGAGUUCCUCGUGUUGUCAAGUUUCUUCAUUCUACCCCGUAAGGAACGAAAGUUUGUACCACGCACCAGAGAAAAGUUAACGAAACUAUUAAAUCUGGAGCGAGUUUUUAGCAAACAGACAGCUGAAGAAAAUCAAUUGGAAGCAGCACCUCAUAUUCAGGAUACAACAUUGCUUGUUCACUUCUUUGGUCAGAAAGGCAAGGAUGUUCUUAAGUAUGAAGACUUCUACAGAUUUAUGUCAAAUCUUCAAAGUGAAGUGAUAGAGCUGGAGUUUCUGGAGUUUUCACGUGGAAUGCACACCAUUUCGGAGGUGGACUUUGCCAGGAUUCUACUGCGUUACACGUUGCUGGACUGCUCAGAGAUUGAGGAGAGUCUCCAGAGAGUGAGAGAUCGCAUGCCAGAAGAAAAGGGAAUCACAUUCCAGGAGUUUAAACAGUUUUGUCAGUUUCUCAACAGCCUUGAUGACUUCGCAAUCGCCAUGAAGAUGUACACAUUUGCACAGCAGCCGAUAUCACAAGAAGAGUUCCAGCGAGCUGUGAAGAUGUGCACGGGUUACACGUUGGGCCGACACGUGGUCGAUACAGUUUUCCAGAUUUUCGAUACUGAUGGAGACGGCCAUCUUAGUCACCCAGAGUUCAUAUCAAUCAUGAAGGAUCGGCUGCACAGAGGGUCACGGUCUCAUCUGAUGCACACGCAAGGCAACUGGGAUUCUUUCAAAACCUGCGUGAAGAAUGAGAUGAAACAUAACUGACCGCAUAACAAAACCCCACUGAUGAAUGCCAACCUAACCAGCCAUUACCUUUACUUCUUUAUUUAUGUCAUUAUAACACUGGUAAAUAUAGCAUUGGGUGACAGUGAACAGAUCUGAAUCUCACGGCUAGACAUGGGUCAGCAGAAAUUUCGCCAAAUUAUCUACAGUGAAACCUUUCAAAACCGGACCCUGUGUAAACCAGAAUUCCCCCAAAACGGAAAUUUUUCACGGUCCUUUUUUAAAAAUCGAUACAGAACUUAACCUCUCUAA